GUUCCUGGGGGUGAGAACAAGGUACCUGGCGGUGAGGAAAAGGUUCCUGGCGGUGAGGACAAGGUUCCUGGCAGUGAGGACAAGGUUCCUAGCGGUGAGGACAAGGUUCCUGGCGGUGAGGACAAGGUUCCUGGCGGUGAGGACAAGGUUCCUGGCGGUGAGGACAAGGUUCCCGGCGGUGAUGACAAGGUUCCUGGCAGAGGGGCCAAGGUUCCUGGGGGUGAGAACAAGGUACCUGGCGGUGAGGAAAAGGUUCCUGGCGGUGAGGACAAGGUUCCUGGCAGUGAGGACAAGGUUCCUAGCGGUGAGGACAAGGUUCCUGGCGGUGAGAACAAUGUUCCUGGCGCUGAGGACAAUGUUCCUGGCGGUGAGAACAAGGUUCCUGGCUGUGAGGACAAGGUUCCUGGCGGUGAGGACAAGGUUCCCGGCGCUGAGGACAAGGUUCCCGGCGGUGAAGACAAGGUUCCCGGCAGUAAGGAUUGGUUUCCGGCGGUGAGGACAAUGUUCCUAGUGCUGUGGACAAGGUUCCUGGUGCUGAGGACAAGGUUCCUGGUGCUGAGGACAAGGUUGCUGGCGCUGAGGACAAGGUUCCUGGCGCUGAGGACAAGGUUCCUGGAGGUGAGGACAAGGUUCCUGACACUGAGGACAUGGUACCUGGCAGUAAGGACAAGGUUCCUGGCGGUGAGGACAAUGUUCCUGGCGCUGAGGACAAUGUUCCUGGCGGUGAGAACAAGGUUCCUGGCGGUGAGGACAAUGUUCCUGGCGGUGAGGACAAGGUUCCUGGCACUGAGGACAAGGUUCCUGGCGCUGAGGACAAGCUUCCUGGCACUGAGGACAAGGUUCCUGGUGCUGAGGACAAGGUUCCUGGCGCUGAGGACAAGGUUCCUGGCGGUGAGGACAAGGUUCCUGGCGGUGAGCACAAGGUUCCUGACGGUGAGCACAAGGUUCCCGGUGCUGAGGACAAGGUUCCUAGUGCUGAGGACAAGGUUCCUGGUGCUGAGGACAAGGUUCCUGGCGGUGAGGACAAGGUUCCUGGCGGUGAGGACAAGGUUCCUGGCGCUGAGGACAAGGUUCCUGGCGCUGAGGACAAGGUUCCUGGCGAUGAGGACAAGGUUCCUGGCGGUGAGGACAACGUUCCUGGCACUGAGGACAAGGUUCCUGGCGGUGAGGACAAGGUUCCUGGCGGUGAGGACAAGGUUCCUGGCGGUGAGGACAAGGUUCCUGCCACUGAGGACAAAGUUCCUGGCGGUGAGGACAAGGUUCCUGGAGGUGAGGACAAGGUUCCUGACACUGAGGACAUGGUACCUGGCAGUGAGGACAAGGUUCCUGGCGCUGAGGACAAGGUUCCUGGCGCUGAGGACAAGGUUUCUGGCGCUGAGGACAAGGUUCCUGCCGCUGAGGACAAGGCUCCUUGCAGUGAGGACAAGGUUCCGGGCGGUGAGGACAAGGUUCCCGGCGCUGAGGACAAGGUUCCCGCCGGUGAUGACAAGGUUCCCGGCGGUGAGGAUUGGUUCCCGGCGGUGAGGACAAUGUUCCUAGUGCUGAGGACAAGGUUCCUGGUGCUGAGGACAAGGUUCCUGGAGGUGAGGACAAGGUUCCUGACGCUGAGGACAAUGUUCCUGGCGCUGAGGACAAUGUUCCUGGCGGUGAGAACAAGGUUCCUGGCGGUGAGGACAAUCUUCCUGGCGGUGAGGACAAUGUUCCUGGCGGUGAGGACAAGGUUCCUGGCACUGAGGACAAGGUUCCUGGCACUGAGGACAAGGUUCCUGGCGCUGAGGACAAGGUUCCUGUAGGUGAGGACAAGGUUCCUGACGCUGAGGACAAGGUACCUGGCGGUGAAGACAAGGUUCCUGGCACUGAGCACAAGGUUCCUGCCACUGAGGACAAGGUUCCUGGAGGUGAGGACAAGGUUCCUUACGCUGAGGACAAGGUACCUGGCGGUGAGGACAAGGUUCCUGGCGCUGAGGACAAGGUUCCUGACGCUGAGGACAAGGUACCUGGCGGUGAGGACAAGGUUCCUGGCUGUGAGGACAAGGUUCCUGGCGGUGAGGACAAGGUUCCUGGCGGUGAGGACAAGGUUCCUGGCGCUGAGGACAAGGUUCCUGCCGCUGAGGACAAGGUUCCAGGCGGUGAGCACAAGGUUCCUGGCGGUGAGGACAAGGUUCCUGGCGGUGAGGACAAGGUUCCUGCGGUGAUGACAAGGUUCCUGCCGCUGAGGACAAGGUUCCUGGCGGUGAGUACAAGGUUCCUGGCGGUUAAGACAAGGUUCCUGGCGGUGAGGACAACGUUCCUGGCACUGAGGACAAGGUUCCUGGCGGUGAGGACAAGGUUCCUGGCGGUGAGGACAAUGUUCCUGGCGCUGAAGACAAUGUUCCUGGCGGUGAGAACAAGGUUCCUGGCUGUGAGGACAAGGUUCCUGGCGGUGAGGACAAGGUUCCCGGCGCUGAGGACAAGGUUCCCGGCGGUGAAGACAAGGUUCCCGGCAGUAAGGAUUGGUUCCCGGCGGUGAGGACAAUGUUCCUAGUGCUGAGGACAAGGUUCCUGGUGCUGAGGACAAGGUUCCUGGUGCUGAGGACAAGGUUCCUGGCGCUGAGGACAAGGUUCCUGACGCUGAGGACAAGGUUCCUGGAGGUGAGGACAAGGUUCCUGGAGGUGAGGACAAGGUUCCUGACACUGAGGACAUGGUACCUGGCAGUGAGGACAAGGUUCCUGGCGGUGAGGACAAGGUUCCUGGCGGUGAAGACAAGGUUCCCGGCAGUAAGGAUUGGUUCCCGGCGGUGAGGACAAUGUUCCGAGUGCUGAGGACAAGGUUCCUGGUGCUGAGGACAAGGUUCCUGGUGCUGAGGACAAGGUUCCUGGCGCUGAGGACAAGGUUCCUGGCACUGAGGACAAGGUUCCUGGAGGUGAGGACAAGGUUCCUGACACUGAGGACAUGGUACCUGGCAGUGAGGACAAGGUUGCUGGCGGUGAGGACAAGGUUCCUGGCGGUGAGGACAAUGUUCCUGGCGCUGAGGACAAUGUUCCUGGCGCUGAGGACAAUGUUCCUGGCGGUGAGAACAAGGUUCCUGGCGGUGAGGACAAUGUUCCUGGCGGUGAGGACAAGGUUCCUGGCACUGAGGACAAGGUUCCUGGCACUGAGGACAAGGUUCCUGGCGCUGAGGACAAGGUUCCUGGCGCUGAGGACAAGGUUCCUGGCGCUGAGGACAAGGUUCCUGGCGGUGAGGACAUGGUUCCUGGCGGUGAGGACAAGGUUCCCGGCGGUGAAGACAAGGUUCGCGGCAGUAAGGAUUGGUUCCCGGCGGUGAGGACAAUGUUCCUAGUGCUGAGGACAAGGUUCCUGGUGCUGAGGACAAGCUUCCUGGCACUGAGGACAAGGUUCCUGGCGCUGAGGACAAGGUUCCUGGCGCUGAGGACAAGGUUCCUGGCGCUGAGGACAAGGUUCCUGGCGCUGAGGACAAGGUUCCUCACGCUGAGGACAAGGUUCCUCACGUUGAGGACAAGGUUCCUCACGCUGAGGACAAGGUUCCUCACGUUGAGGACAAGGUUCCUCACGCUGAGGACAAGGUUCCUGGCGCUGAGGUCAAGGUUCCUGGCGCUGAGUACAAGGUUCCUGGCGCUGAGUACAAGGUUCCUGGCGCUGAGGACAAGGUUCCUGGCGCUGAGGACAAGGUUCCUGGCGCUGAGGACAAGGUUCCUCACGUUGAGGACAAGGUUCCUCACGUUGAGGACAAUGUCUAA